ACGAAGGGGCGGGGAUUAAGAGUCGUAAAUGAGAGCGUUGUUGGUCGUGUACACAGGUGAGCUUCAGUCUCGCUGUGGGUCGGGGAAACCAUGGGGAAACUACAGCAGUUUGAGAUCACAUUUGACAAAAACAAAGUGGUGUACAGUCCGGGCGAGUCUAUCUCUGGAACCGUGACAAUACAACUGGGCCAGCCGCUGCUGUGUAAAGCUAUCAAAGUGAACUGCAAUGGUUUUUGUGGCAUCACCAACAAGGUGAAUGACGCGGCAUGGGUGGUGGAGGAACAGUACUUCAACAGCACCAUCUCUGUUGCAGACAAAGGAACCCUGAAACAGGGCGAACACACUUUUCCUUUCAAGUUCCUCAUACCAGCCUCUGCUCCGACAUCUUUUGAAGGCAAUUAUGGUAGGAUCAUUUACAGAGUGAGGGCUUUUAUUGACACACCACGAUUUGCCAAGGACUACAACACAGAGAAGGCUUUCUACCUGCUCAGCCUUCUAAACCUGAAUGAACUGCAGGACAUAUGGGGAAUCUGUUCAUCUGCAGUGACCCAGCAGUUCACCUACAUGCUUAUGAAAACUGGCACAGUGGUCCUGAAAGCCCAAACCGACAUGAAGGGUUACACACCAGGCCAGAUCAUCCAGGUGACGGCCAACAUCCACAACCAGUCUGGGAAGUCCAUAGGAAACAUAGCAGCCAGCUUGAUGCAGAGAGUGACCUACGAGACAAAGAGGCCCACCCAUGAUGUCAGGACAAUCGCAGAGGUGGAGGGUGGUAUGGUGAAAGCUGGCAAGGAGGUGGAGUGGAAGGACCAGAUUAUUGUUCCUCCUCUUCCCCAGUCCUCCCUCACUGGCUGUGAUCUUAUAAAGAUUGAAUAUUUUGUCAAAGUCAGUCUAAAGUCUCCAGAUGUCCAGUUGACGUUACCCAUUCAAAUCGGGAACGUCUCAUUAGACAAAAAACUGCGCCCUUCCAAAAAAGCUGCUCCUCCUUCCUCUGCAAGAGCUGAAGAUACACCGGCUUCUACCUCUACCUCUACCCCUGACACUUCCACCUCCAAUGCUGUUGCCACCCCCGCAAUGCCCCCUCGUCCUGCUCCAAAACCGGCUCCUCGUCCUGCACCUCGCUCCAGGCUGUCCUCCCACAAUUCCCCUAGUGCUCCUCCAGCCGAUUACCACCAGGGAGCAGAGGGUGGGCUUCCAGUUAACGAUGGCUUCCCCAAUAAGCGGCAGUCUCAGCUAGUGUCACCGAAUGCUUUCAGCUAUGCCCCUGGCCUCUUUUUCUCCCAAAACCAGCAACACAAUGGGGUUGGCAAUGCACCCAGUGAGUGCACAGGGGCCACAGCACCUUACCCAGAUGAGAGUGCUGGCUUAAUGCCAACACAACUCAUCCUGCCUCCAGACUAUGGGACCUCAGCAUAUCCACAAGAGGCUCCUCCUUCUUAUGAUGAGAGCUGCAACACAUGAAGUGAAGAAGCAGCAACCUCAAACCAGGAUGGUGAUUUAUUCAUUUAUCAAACAAAAUGUUGAACUAAAACUGCAAUUCUUGUACCAUAUUGCUGCAUUUCCAAGAGAAGAGUCCUGCCAUUUUAAAAGGCUGUAACUGAUUGGACAAAAUGAUUGCAAGACAGAAACUUUCAUGUAGCCUUGUAUGAAAAGUUUUUUUUUUAGGCCUUUUUUAACCCACAGAUUUUGUGUAAGUUUAAAGUUUUUCUAAAUGUAGGAGACAGAGCAUUUUGAAUUGAAAUGAAAGUGAAUUGUACUCAAAUUUUAUUACCUCAGUGAACAAGUUCCUUCAUUAACCCAGCGGGGGUUUUCUCUCCUUCAGAUCAGCCAUAGCCAAUCAACACAGGCUUUUUUAAAAUCAAGCUUUGGUGUACUUUUAGCACUUUGAACAUUUUGAAGGAAAGAGAGGGGAAAUAUGUAGAAUUUUUAUUUUCUGCUUUUUGUACAGUAAUGUGAGUCACAUUUUUAGUUGUGGGUUAUUUAGAUGACAUCUGUGAUGUCAAGUAUGAAAGUUUGAUCUAUGAAAACCUGGCAAAAUGAACCGUCUGUUAUUAUUUUAUUUUUUUUUCAAAAGCCAAAUAAAAGAUUAACUCCUGGAUUUUUUUUAAAUUGAAAAUGAUCAAAAUCGUCUGGUUGUACUGAUAUAUUUUUCAUUUAGCUCGAGUUUGAGUGUAAGACUAGAUACAAUGUUUGGUUUAGAAAAAUCUCUUGAAUUUGCCUUUCGACCAGGAUUUCUUCAUUUUAUUAUAAACAUGAACAAUCCUCAUAUUGCCUCGUUGUCAACAUAUAUCUUAGAUUUCUGCCUUGUUUGCCAUGUUAUUUCCAUGUCUUGAACUGUGACUGUAGAUUUCCACGGAGGAAUGUUGUUGUGUGGUAUACUGUAUUCUUGUGUUGGGUCUGUACAUGUCAGACAUCUCUUCUGUGUCUGAAUUCUUUUAACAGUUGUACAGUAAUACAUCAUCACUGUCAUUUGAUGUUUUCUUUGGUCUUUCUUAAUGUAGGUAUCCAUCUUAAUUAUAAAGUUUUAGCAAUAAGCUUACCUGUUACUUGAUCAAGUUAAAUUCAUCAUUAAUACAGAAAGACAAUAUUGUGUUAUUUAUUGUUUUGAUUGCUUUCUAACUGCUAUCUAGAUUCCAAUAAAUCUGUUAAAACCA